GUUUGUUUAGGCAUCGACCGUCUACAUUCUCUGUGUUCAAGAAUAGGAAAGUUUUUUGGGAUUGACACGUUUUCACGUUUUGUGCGACCUCAACAGCAGAGUGACUCAUCUCCGUGUGCAGGUCUUAAUACUUACUUGAGGCUAUAUAGAAAACUUUGGAUGGGAUCAUUUAUGGUGUGUUGUUGGGAACAUGGAUCACGGACUUUCAUUACAUCCUAGCGGUAACGUCACGGAGACGCAGCAGGUUGAUCUGCUAGUGAUGGUAAAAGAAGAGGAUAUAAAAGAAGAGGGCGAAUAUGGUCACAUGAUUGCAAUUCAACACGAUGAAGAAAAACCCGUUGCAGAGCCUCUCUGUAAAACUGAAACCGACAUUGAGACGGACAUUGCAGAGUCCAACGUUACGAACACUGAAACGCCACAGACAACAGUGGAGGUUAACGUGAAGAAAGAAGAGGAUGGAGUAGAGCAAGCUUAUCUCCUGGAUAUAACUCAGCAGAAGAUCCAUGGACAGAAUGAUGAACUCAAAGGAAGACUGCACCACUGCACCGUCUGCAGGAAGAGUUUCACGACGCAGACAGAACUCGUGCAACACCAGCUAACGCACUCGAAGACGAACAAAAAGCGCAAGCCGAACAGAAAGCGUAAGACUCGCAAAAAGUCCCAUCAGUGUACCCAGUGCGAUAAAUCUUACUCGGCGUCUUCGUCUCUUCGACUGCACAUGCACACACACACUGGAGUGUGGCCUCAUAAAUGCGAUCAGUGCGGAAAAGGCUUCUCACAAAUUCAACUCCUCGCAGUCCACUUGUUUACGCAUUCGGGAGAGAAGCCGCACAAAUGCGACGCAUGCGGAAAAGCUUUCAUACAGAUCCGAAAUCUGAAAUCCCACAUGUUGACGCACACCGGCGAGAGCCCUCACAAAUGCGUCCAGUGCGGGAGAGCUUUUCCCACAAAGUCGGGACUCCAAGCCCACCUGGAGUCGCACGCGGGAGAGAAGGCUCACAAAUGUGACCGGUGCGGAAAAGGUUUCACGCAGCUUUCGAAUCUUAAAAAACAUCUAGUCGUACACACGCGGGAGAAGGACCACACGUGCUCUGUGUGCGGGAGAGUGUUCGGAUACAUCUCGACUCUGAAAUCGCACAUGUUCACGCACGGCGGCAAAAGGCCUCACGUGUGUUCGCAGUGCGGAAAAGAUUUUUUUCUACGUCAAGCUCUGAAAACGCACAUGUUGGUGCACACCGCACAGAGGCCUCAUAAAUGCGUCCAGUGCGGAAAAGGUUUUACGCUUGCGUCGCAGCUUAAAGCCCACAUGCAAACGCAUACCGGAGAGAAGCCCCAUGUGUGUGCGCAGUGCGGAAAAGCUUUAGCAACAAUAGCGAAUCUUAAGACCCAUAUGCUAGUGCACACCGGCGAGAAGGCUCACAAAUGCACUCAGUGCGGAAAAGCUUUCGCGCUGUUUUCGAGUCUUAAAAAACACAUGGUAGUACAUACUGGUGAGAAGGAUUAUGUGUGUUCCAAGUGCGGAAAAGCGUUUGGACAACUUUCAACUCUGAAAAGCCAUAUGUUAACACAUACAGAGGAGAAGCCUCAUCAAUGUAUCCAGUGUGGAAAAGCUUAUAUCACAAGUGCAGGUCUCAAAACCCACAUGCUAAUUCACAGCGGAGAGAAGCCUCACGUGUGUGCCCAUUGUGGAAGAGCUUAUAUACGAAAAUCAACUCUUAAAAUCCACAUGCAAACUCACACUGGAGAGAAGCCUUAUGAAUGUCUCCAGUCUGAGAGAGCUUGCAAAUCAAGUUCAACCCUUAACACCCAAAUGUUGCCUCACACUGGAGUGAAAAGUUAUAAAUGUGUCCAGUGUGGAAACACGUUUAUCUCAAGGUCAGGUCUUAGAUCUCAUAUGCUAACUCACACUGGAGAGAAGCCUCAUAAAUGUGUCCAGUGUGGGAAAGCUUUUAUACGAAAAUCAACUCUUGAAAUCCAUCUGCAAACUCACACGGGAGAGAAGCUUUAUAAAUGUGUCCUGUGUGGAAAAGCUUUUAUGUCACGUUCAGGUCUUAGAAUCCAUAAGCUAACUCACACUGGAGAGAAGCCUCAUAAAUGCGUUCACUGUGAAAGAGCGUUCAAUCAAAGUUCGAGUCUUACGAUCCACAUGCGAAUUCACACUGGAGAGAAGCCUCAUAAAUGUACGCAGUGCGGAAGAGCUUUUAAGCAGGUGUCAAGUCUUAAAAUCCACAUGCGAACUCAUACUGGAGAGAAGCCUCAUAAAUGUCUUCACUGUGGAAGAGCAUUUAAUCAAAUUUCAACCCUUAAAACCCACAUUCGAACUCACACCGGAGAGAAGCCUCAUAAAUGUGCCCAGUGUGGAAAAGCUUAUGUCUCAACAACAGGUCUUCGGACCCACAUGCUAAUUCACACGGGAGAGAAGCCUUAUGAAUGCGCCCAGUGUGGGAAAGCGUUUAAUCAGAAUUCAACACUUAAAACCCACAUGCGAACUCACACCGGAGAGAAGCCUCAUAAAUGUAACCGCUGUGAAAGAGCUUUUAAACAAAGGUCAGCUCUAAAAAUCCAUAUGAAAACUCACACUGGAGAGAAGCCUCAUAAUGUGUGCAAUGUGGAAAAAGAUUUUCUGGAAUGGACAGUUUAAGGGAAAAAAAACAAAACAAAAAAAACCAUGCACGGUUACACAUACUGAACAAAAUCCUCAUGAAUGUGUCCAGUGUGUAAAAAACAUUUAAAACUUUCAGCAUACUGUAUCUCAAAUCCACAGUGUUGUACACAAUUGCCCUUAUUUAUCAACUGAGCAUAGAAACCAUAGACGGUAAAAGAUAUGGACAGAGCUAUCACGUAGACGUCAGCAGAGACCAAUGAAGCAAAUUUCAACCGUUUUCCUGUUGGGCUGCUUGCCUUUCUGCGCAGCCUCAGGGAUGUAGAUGUGACGUAGGCACGUAGUCUGACCUUUGGCAACGCUUUACUCUACGGACGCAUGUGCAUUACCUAACUCACGUCACUUUAGCAUUGUCUUUGGAAAAAAAGUGUAGUACUCGGGCGGUAAGACAGUUACGAGGUUAUGACGCCAAUCGCACAAUGUUGUAUUACUCCGAAAAUAGAAAAACUUUGUACAAAGGCUUAAAAAUGCUUCAGCUGCAACGGUAUUUGAUGUGAAAGUGGCGCCAACAUUCAAUGGGGUUUCAAUGGAAUGGCUAGCUGGAACUGUUCUCAGAACCAGAAUCAGUUGUAUUGGCCAGGUAACAGUAAAAGAAUAAGGGCAGUUAGCUAUGUAUAAACAGAGAGGGUUAAAGCGGAGCGAGAGGCGCAAACGUUCGACCAUUUCCGCGUUCUGUUAUCGCAAAGGGGAGGGGGGGGGGCGAAAUCCCCCUUUAAGCAGACCUAGAAAGUGCCGUUACAUUUGAACUGAACUGUUUGCCAAUCGAUAUCCCACUAUGACGUCUUUCCUUAAGCAGACAGGAACUGUUCGAAUUUUGCUUCCAUAGAGAUGCAUUAUGUUGCUCUUAUCUUGUCAGUAAUGAAGGAUCUUUGGUAUAAAUUCAAUGUGAAUUGAAUUUACAACUGAGUUUAAAAAUCACGCGCGUGAGACGUGAACGCAUCUUGAGAUGUUUCCAGAGCCGCGUCUAAAGUGUCUGCUCAGCAGGUUGGUACAACUUCAAGAAUCUCCAUACAGUGCUGUUGUUCACUGGGUGUUUGACUAGUAUAAUCUUUCUAUGUUUUUUUUUUUUUUUAUUAUUAUUACUUUUUAAACACUUUUUUUAAACUAUUGGCCUUUCAUGCCGUUGCGUACUUUUUCCUUCAGGCAUGCA